AUGACUCCUUUCAAGGCUCUUUAUGGGCGGGAUCCCCCUCCAUUAGUUCCGUAUGUUCCGGGUUCCAUGGCAACUUCUGAUUUGGACCAGCAGUUGUGUGCUUGGGAUGCCCUGUUGGUUGAGUUGAAGGAUUACUUGAGCCGUGCUCAGCAUUCCAUGUGGGCGCAUGCCAAUACAAAACGUCAGGGUUUGUCCUUUGAGGUGGAACCAGAGCAGGUUGUGGAUGCUCACUAUUCUCCAUCCACGGGGCACUUGGAGGUUCUCAUUAAAUGGCGUCAUUUACCGGACUUCGAAGCUUCUUGGGAGCUCUUUGAUGUCAUUCAGCAGCAGUUUCCAGUCUUCCACCUUGAGGACAAUUAUGGGCAAAAGAGCUAUCCGUUGCGUCCAGAGUUAAUUGAGAGCACUUAUUGGCUCUAUAAAGCUACUAGAGAUCCCAGAUAUCUUGAUGUGGGGCGGGACAUGGUGGCCAGCUUGCAAUACAGUGCGCGAUGUCCUUGCGGAUAUUGUCACAUAUCAGAUGUAGAGUUUCACAAGCAAGAAGACCACAUGGAGAGCUUUUUCCUAGCGGAAACUGUGAAAUAUCUGUGGCUUCUCUUUGAUUUGGCCGUUGGUCCUGAUAACCUCGUUGAAAAUGGGCCUUACAAGUACAUCUUUAGCACUGAAGGCCACAUACUGCCGUUAACCCCACAAAUAUCUCUAGUGCGUGAACAUUGUUCUUAUUUUGGGGCCUAUUGUAGAAGUGGUGCUGUUAAACAGGAACGUCAUGGAAGCCAUCUUCAAGAAACCAAUGACAGUAGGUCAUUUGGAAGCUGGGCUCACGGUGGAUUGCAAUCAGAAAGUAGUUUCUCUGAUUCAAUUCCCAUAUCAGGUUUUAUAAAGGGUUAUUGCCCGGGACUAUAUCAUGGACAAAAAUUUGGCAUAACAUAUGUGACCUCGGCAGAUACACAAAAGAAUGUGCCUACAAACGAGAGAGAACAAACUGUUGCUCGGAGCCUUUCUUCUAUCGUUGUUCCUGAUCAAAAUUCUGAUUAUUUACUGUCCAGGAACCAGAAAUAUCAUGACAGUUUUCAGGACUUGGAUGAGAGAGGACCAAAGAGUGGCCUCCCUCAAGAAUGACAAAGGCAUCUAUGUUUGCUAAACGUUGUCAAAUUUUCCAAGAAUGGUUGAAAGGAAACUAAGCAAUCAUCUGGAUUUCAGGCCUUCUAACGCUGUCUAAAUUCUUCUGCCACAAUAUCAUUGACAAAUAAAGGUGAUUACAGAAGGGUCUGAUUUUACACCGGUCUUGGCCGUGGACUGAUCGCCUAAAAAGUAGGUGAUGUUCGCUUUGGAAAUGUAAUUUUUGAUCAUUGGUUUGAACAAUUCAAGAUUGAAUGAGUGUGGAAAUAAAAAGGGGAAAGGCAAGGGUCUGAGUCUGACUGACAUCUUGCUAGAUUUACCGCCCCACAUUCCCGACAUUCGGUUACCCUUGUAGCUCUGGCAUACUUCAGCAGCAUGCAUUUACACAUUUUUCCCCUUUUUCAGAGAUGGAAAGUGAGGUUGUCAUCUUAGAGAUACCUUCGAAGAUACCUGCAGAACAUCCCAAAGUGACGAUUAACAUUUAACUUUUCCAUUUUUUUCAUUUAAGUUACUGCCCUUACAUUGAUAGAUAUAACCAAAAGCUGAGACAGAAAUGCUUUAGCUGAAACAAGCCAGAUGGAUUCAUCUCUGAUUUAUUUUGUUGGUAAAAAGCCUAUCGAUUGAAGAGAUUGAGUAUAUCUCUUGAUUUCCCAAACUAUGAGAAAGAACAUUGUUCUUUUUUUUUUUGAAUUG